AUGACGAAUGAACAGUGGUGGCAACAACAUGCCUACCCAGUACAGUCAUCUAAGACGGAACCAAGUUCCAGUCCACCACCGGAGAGGAAGCUCAACUACUUCUCGAUCCCAGAAAACAUAAGGGCGGCGAAGAACGCAGAGAAGUACCAUCCCCACGGACGCACCAUUGUAGUCUGUCUGGACGGGACGGGCGACAAAUUCGACAAUGAUAACAGCAACAUUGUCCACUUCGUCAGCUGCCUCAAGAAGGACGACAAGACCCAAGUCACGUAUUACCAAGCAGGAAUUGGCACAUAUAGCGCGCAUGGACUUAGCACCGGCUUCGAAGCUGCCCUGGACAUGGCAUUCGGCAGUUUGCUCAGCCUUCAUGUCAAAGAAGCAUACGACUUCCUCAUGCACACUUACAGAGAAGGUGACAAGAUAUGCAUAUUGGGCUUCUCGAGAGGUGCAUAUACUGCCCGCUGUCUGGCGGGAAUGGUGCACAAAGUUGGGCUUUUGCCUCCCCGGAACAACGCCCAGAUACAUUUCGCGUAUGACAUGUACAGGGAUGACAGUCCUGAAGGCUGGAAGCAGAGUGCCCAGUUCAAGGAGACGUUCUGCAUGGAUGUCAGUGUGUAUUUUCUUGGUUUGUUUGACAGUGUGGCAAGCGUGGGCGUCAUUCCACGAGAAUUGCCGCUCUUUACUUCGAGCGGGAACCAAUGCCGAUUCUUCAGGCAUGCUUUGGCGCUGGACGAACGUCGUGCCAAAUUCAAGGCCUGCCGAUAUCAAACUAAGGACGCAGGACCGCAGGACCGGAAGUCGAGCACUCCUACUACCCCGGCGGAUGCGUCGCAACAAUGCCAGGCAAAUGGCUUCGUACCAGGGCACAGGCCUCCGAAUGUCAGGUUGCGAACCUGGCCUCACACAUCGACAGAUGACACGAGUUGGCGAACAGAAGUGGACAGCCCGGAACACGCCCACGAGGCGCAUACGCGGCCACGGAAGCAUCCGAGGACUGAUGUUCUCGAGGUCUGGUUUGCAGGCUGUCACCGUUCCGUGGGCGGAGGCGCCUUCCUCAACGAAACGCGCCACAAGCUCUCCAACAUACCUUUACGCUGGAUGAUCCGGCAAUGCUUCGAAUGCGACACAGGCAUCAUCUUCGGGACAAAGGCGCUUGCAGAACAAGGUCUUGACCUUCACAUGCUGUGGCCUAGGUACACCAAGCUGGAAGUCCCGAUCCUUGGGCCUCCACCUUCUCUGAUCGAGCGGUACGAAUCAGGCUUGCCGCCGAAGACCAGGCGCUCAAGUCGAUUGAUUCCAGUCACACGCAUGUCCAAAAAGAAGGGUGCUUUCUUCGAGCUCCAGAUUUCCGAGGAGGAUGCAGACCACUCGAACGCAGAGUGGUUGCCUGAGCAGAUUGAAGAUUGCUUUGACGCCCUGGGCCCUGUUAAUGACCCGCUUGCGAGAUGGACUCCUUGGUGGAUAUUGGAAGUGUGGCCAGUGGAGUAUGAAGUUUUGAAUGAAUCCGGGAAUAUCUGGGAGACCAGAUUCGGGAUGAACAAGGCUAGACCUCGACCAGUCAUGGGUUCUGAACCGAAUUUGCAUUGGACUGUAAAGCAUCGCAUGACGAAACUGAACUACAAGUACAAGGCGAUCAUGGAAAAGGAUGCAAUGUGGCAAGUGGUCGCCUAG